CACGAGGAUAGUGGCACUUCUCCUCCUCCUCCUCCUUUCUAUGGCGGUGGGAACAAACCCUAAUGCAAUCCUCACCCUACUACGGUGGGAGCCUAUCCUAACCCUAACCCUAACCUAAUCUCUCACCUUCUUCUUCUUCUCUAAUCCCCAUGGAGCUUUCCCGAGAAAACCCUAGACCCCUCGCCUUCCCGGCCACCAAGCCCAUGCCGGACCUCGCCCCCAAGCCGCCGCUUCCUCCUCCGACGACGACUGCGAUCAUCGACCGGUACAAGGCGCUGCUCAAGCAGCGCGACGACGACCUCCGAGUCACCCCCGACGACGACGUGUCGCCGCCGAGCACGGAGGAGAUUGUGCAGCUCUACGAGAUGUUGUUGUCGGAGUUGAUUUUCAAUUCGAAGCCGAUUAUUACUGAUCUGACUAUCAUCGCCGGCGAGCAGCGGGACCACGGCAAGGGCAUCGCCGACGCCAUAUGCGCCCGGAUUCUCGAGGUCCCGGUUGAGCACAAGCUGCCGUCAUUAUAUCUUUUAGACAGUAUUGUAAAGAACAUUGGCCGAGACUAUGUCAGAUACUUCUCUUCCCGUCUACCUGAGGUAUUUUGUGAGGCGUAUAGGCAAGUGCACCCCAACCAGCAUUCUUCCAUGCGCCACCUCUUUGGCACGUGGUCGACAGUGUUCCCACCUUCAGUCCUUCACAGGAUUGAAGCGCAGCUGCAGUUUUCUCCACAAGUAAACCAGCAAUCAUCAGGUGUACCUCCUUUGAGAGCGUCUGAAUCUCCUCGGCCAGCUCAUGGCAUCCAUGUCAAUCCUAAAUAUCUUCGUCAGUUGGAGACCUCAAAGGUGGAUAAUCAGGUUGGACCCCAAAGAUUAAGCCCAGAUUUUCCUGUUGGGUCCAAUCAGAUGCAGCCAUCUUCAGCUGUCAAACUUGCAAGAUCUUCAUCACCUUCAAAUAUUGGCGUUGAUGAAUAUGAAGUAGAAAAUUCUCCUAAAAGAUUUGGGGACCGGGCCUCUCCAUCUAAUUCUGUGUAUGAUUAUAGAGCAAUCAGGGAUGAGGGGCCAGUUGAAAGGCGGAGAAAACAUUAUCUCAAUGGUAGUCAGAACAGGUUAAAUAAUGGACCGGAACAUCAAAGACCAAGAGCUUUGAUUGAUGCAUAUGGAAAAGACAGUGGGGAUAGAAGUUUAAAUGAUAAUCCUUUGCAUCUUGGGCGAUUCGGUGUAAAUGGUCUAGAUCACAAAGCAACUUCAAUGUCAUGGCAGAAUACUGAGGAGGAUGAGUUUGAUUGGAAAUCCGUUGGCCCCUCUAUAACCAAGAACAGUAGGAGUGAUGAUUUUUUUCCUUCAAAUGUACCGCCUUCUAGAAGCUACAGAGCCAGGCCUAGCCUCGGAACACUGAAUACAAGCUCGUUAGAUUCAGAUAUGGGGACUAACUGGUCUACGCAGGCAUACCUACCUUCCGACCAAUCCUCUGUAGUUGCUGAAGAUCCGGUUCCCCAGCUUUCUUUCAGUCGUGGAUUCACUGGUAGGUUCCAGUCUGAGAUAACCCAUAAUCAGGGUUCUCGGCACCCUCAAGAACCUUGGAAUAUGCCUUUCCAUACCUCUCAGCCUUCACAGAAUCUUCUGAAAGAAAUAGGUAGGAAUUUCCAGAUGCCUGGUAUAUCUUUAGGUGGUGAGAAAGCGUCUAUUGAUGUUGAUGUGCGACAUCUCGAGCCAGCAUCAAGAAUGGGGUCUGGUGCUGACUUUGUUAAUGCCGACUCUCGGUUAGCUAUACCAGUGUCAGUGUGUUUAAGGCCUCCAGUAAACAUGCACAAUUCUCAACCCCCGCCUGUGCAUCCAGUUUUCCCGUUGCCGAACCAGAGGGGUCAAUAUGGUUUUAUUAAUUCUGUCAAUACUGCUAAAAAUCAAGGUCCAUAUAAGGCUAUGUAUAUGCCUGAGAAGCAGUUGGAUGCUUAUGAAAACAAGGAGUUAGGGCUGGCAAAACUAAGUCAAUUGACUAGUCAGAGUGCCAGACUCAUACCUAACCAGCGAAACCAGGAUCAGGCCAGUCCUUUUCAACCACAAUAUCAUCCACAUCAGGAGCCUCCUUAUUCAGUUAUACCACGCGGAUUCACUUUGCAAGGGCACGGUGGGACUGGUCUGGCAAAUCCUUUACCUCGUCCACAGUUGGGCUUACCAACUCACUAUACCCCAAAUGCUUUGCAACAUUUGCGAGGGGACUCCUUGCCACCUCUACCACCUGGCCCCCCUCCACCCAUGCAAGGUGUAUUUCCUGGUCAAAAGGCUGGUCCAGUAGUCUCCAGCAACCAGCAGGGGAGUUCAUAUACUGGUUUGAUUAGUUCUCUCAUGGCCCAAGGUGUGAUCUCAUUGACAAAUCAAAGUGCACUGCAGGAUUCUGUAGGAGUUGAGUUUAAUGCCGAUCUUCUCAAGGUGCGUCAUGAAUCUGCAAUAACUUCUCUGUAUUCUGAUCUCCCAAGACAAUGCACAACGUGUGGUCUCCGAUUCAAGUGCCAAGAAGAGCAUAGUAGUCAUAUGGAUUGGCAUGUGACGAAAAACAGGAUGUCCAAAAACCGUAAACAGAAGCUCUCUCGUAAAUGGUUUGUAACUACAAGCAUGUGGCUCAGUGGUGCAGAGGCUUUGGGAACAGAUGCAGUUCCUGGCUUUUUGCCUGCUGACACCAUUGCGGAAAAGAAGAGUGAUGAAGAAAUGGCUGUUCCUGCUGAUGAGGAUCAGAAUUCGUGUGCAUUAUGUGGAGAGGCUUUUGAAGAUUUUUAUAGUGAUGAGACAGAGGAGUGGAUGUAUAAAGGUGCUGUGUACUUGAAUGCACCUCACGGGUCAACACCAGACAUGGAUAGGUCACAAUUAGGUCCAAUAGUGCAUGCCAAAUGCAGGCCGGAGUCCACUGAUGUAUCCCCUGGAAGUUUUGGACAAUAUGAAGGGGGAACUAUUGAAGAGGGUAGUCAAAGAAAACGUUUGCGGAGUUAGCAUAGUUAGGAGGACUCCCAUGUCUACUGUAACUUAAUACAAGUUCCUUCAUUCUUAUGGUACUCUCUUCAACUAUUUUUACAGUAUUGUUGGAGUAGCAGCAUAUUGGCUUCAAGCUAGCUUGUACAUGUAUAGUAGAACUUGUACCAUGGACAGUAUCUUGCGGCAGAGGUCACAUUUCUCUGGCCUUUUUAUUAACUGGCUGUCUCUUUACUGUCUAAAGAUCCAGACUGAAAAUAAAAAUCCUUAGUUGUUGUCUUUA